AUGCUACAUCUCAUUCUUCAAUCGUUGAUUCGCCUAAUACUUCUUUUAUUAAUAGUCCAAGCACUCAGUGCUGCAUCAUAUGGGCUGAAUAGACAAUUCAUCAAAAGUGGGCCUUUCCAACUUCAAAUUAGGAGCCUCGAGGUGAUAAUCGGUUUUUACAGAAACCAAAGGAAGAGUCCUCAACUAAUGUUGACGGGUCUGUUCAUCCCCGACAUGAGUACUUGGAUGGCGACUGUAACAGGAGCGCAGUCGAUCCCUCCUCUCCAGCCCAUCUUCUCAGCUCAGCCUACAUCCCUCACCACAGCGACAAUCUCCAGUGGUGAAGUAAUUUACCCUACGUUCGUGACGACCACCACUGCCGUAACCACCACUCCGACUACCACUGCCACCACUACUUCCUCCUCUUCCUCUGUCUCCAAUCGUCUCACAACUGUCCCAUCCAAUUCUCCAAACUUAACUUCAACAACUUCGUUGAAGACUGAUGGUGAGAAGUCUCUGACACCAACGGCGGUGAACGGAGGUGCGAUGUCACCAUUGGCCAACAUCUCAGUGUCAGCACGACGUUGGAGGCCAUCGCUUGGUCGAAAAUGCUCUGCAUCCGCGGCCAUUAACUCUGGCAUUACCGUUACCGGCAAGUGUGGUUCGAAGACCACAGUUGACAAGGGUCUUGCCCCUGUUUUCUCCCCUCUUGUGGUCGUUUCAACGACAACGGCGACCAAACCCUCAGCAGCUGCAGUCACAUCCUCCAGCGUCAAUUCCUCGUUGACAGCAGUGGAAGCGUUAGUGUCAAAGGCUAGAAACACAGUCCACGGUCCGCCUCGUAAGAGACUUCAUGAGGAGUCAACUACAAGACGAAGGGAUGCUAACGCAUGUAUAACCAAAUCUGAGGCCACGGACAGUGCAGUGCCAAGGGAGGAGAAGACGGAGGAGGUGGGGAAGGAGGAGAACGUGAAGGAUAGGGCCGAGGUGUUUUCACCAGCGUUGUCAACAGUUCCAUCACUUCCUCCUCCCCUACCGCCACCACCACUACCCCCACAGUCAAGAUCCAGAGCCCAUCCUCCAAAGAGAGCAAUGCAGCCACCGUCGUCGCCUGCACCACCAGUUACACAGUCCACAGUGGAGCGUAAAAUAAUUUCACACUUCAUUGAUGGUCACGUGCUAUACGAGAGCAACCUGCCAUUUCCUGUGCGCAAUGCAAUGGCAGUUGUUCGCGCAACACUGAAGUGCAACGGAGACGCUAAGUCUCACGAUACUGUGUCGGCAGAGUUCGUCCCUAUCACUAAUCAUGAUCAAGGUGACACCAAACUCGAGGAGACGAAGUCAAACGGUGUCACGAAUGGAGAGCAUUUGCCCGUUGUGGCAGCUUCAGAAACGACAAUGCGCCGGAAGCACUCUGUCGGGUUGUUAUCAGGCAGUCAUCGAAAACGUCGCCUGUCCAAGUCAGAGGUAUCAAAAAGUUGCGAUGCUGAAAGGCAUGUGGAGGUGGAGGCAGAGGAUGUAACGCUGGAAAAGAAGAAAAGUAAAAAGUCGUUGACUGUCUGGGCUGCUCCUUUCGUUGCCGGCGGCGACGAGGCUGUCCCGAUGCCUGCUCAAAAUGGUCACAAGGAGAUUUCCGUCAGUGAUAAGUCCCCCGCUACAAAGUCCAAAACGAAUGAUGAGGAAGGAAAUACGACUGUUUCGACAUCGACAAAGGUGGCGACGACAGGGAAUUCAACCUUACCCACAAGUAAUGCUGCUGCUGCUUCUGUUUCUGAGCCAACAACAACGGUAACGACAACCACCACUAACACGUCGAUUAGUGUCGGGGGUAGUGGUCUGAAGAUGACCAUUCAUCCGGUCUACCAGAGCAGUGGCGGUACAUCCCAAGCGGUCUCUAAGACAUCGACUCCAACGGCAGCAUUGAGCGCCAUAACAUCUCCAUCAACUACCAAGUCUGCUUCCACUCCUCCACCUCCACUUCCUGUUGUAUCGACUCCAUUCGCCUCCACACUCUCUUCCACGGUUUCGACGGUUCCUCAAUCCCUGGCGUCAUCAACAAUAUCACGGACCCAUCCCGUGUCGGUUGCCAAGCCACCGACAUCGACAACGGUGACAUCGACGUCAACAAAUACCGCUAGUAGUAGCAGCGGCGGCAUUAGUGCGCGUCUACAACAGCUACCUCCUCCACUACGCAAACCGAUGAAGUCGUGGUCACCCACUCUGGUGGCGGAGUUCGUGCGUGGUACGCCGAGCUGCUCUACCUACGCGGAUGCCUUCGUGGAGAACGAGAUCGAUGGCGAGGCUCUGCUUCUCCUUACACCAGCUCACUUUAUUGAUGCACCGAUUAAAAUGAAGAUUGGACACGCAUUGAAACUCGCCCAUCGGGUGCGCCAAAUUGUCGACCCUACGUAUGACUCUUCCGCCUCCGCCGCUCCCAUCGGUGGAAGUAGCGGGAGUGGUGCUGUGUGA